AGGAGAGAGAAGCAGAGGGAGGGAAAGAAAGAGCGAAGAGAGAGAGAGUCCAGCCCACUCCGGUAAAACCAUUCAACUGGUGAACGAGGGAACGCAUUCAACAAACAGAGAGAGAGGAAAAGAGCUUUUCUUCCUCCGUUUCGCAGGUGGACUGUGAGCUGAGCUGAACUUUGCAGCUUCCAAACUUCUGAGGAGAGAAGACCGAGAGGAGAAAGACAAAGGCAGAGAGAAAGAGAGAAUUCAGAGGAAGGAGGUGAAGACUCUUUUCUUUCGUCAGCCAGGAUAGAGUUUUUGUUGUUUUUUUUUGGACACUUUUUUUGUCCGAUUUUUCUUCAUCUCUUGCGGCUCCGUCUGGGCGUCUGCAUCCGACAGCAUCACCAAACUCAGCAUCCAAUCAGGAGUCUCCUGCCAUCAUGUCGGUGUUACCUGUGCUCAGCUGGACCCUCCUGGUCCUGGUUCAGGUCCAGACCAGCGGCUCCUUCUCAGACAUGGCGUCCAGGCUCCAGCCUCUGCCGCUGUCUCUGACCGUCCAUCCUCACCAGCAGCCGCCGCCUGACGCCAGCUCCGACUGCCCGUCCUGCGCCCUGGCCCGGAUGCGAAGGAAUGACGGGGCGGUGGCGGCGGAGGACGCGGUGGGACGCGAGCAGGACAAGGACGGGGAGGAGGAGGCGGCUCAGCAGGACGUGGUGGAGGCGGUGAAGAGGCACAUCCUCAACAUGCUGCACCUCCAGGCUCGACCUAACAUCACCCGACCCGUGCCGCGCGCCGCCCUGCUCAACGCCCUGCGCAAGCUCCACGUGGGCCGGGUGGCCGAGGACGGCAGCGUGCAGAUCGAGGGGGAGGAGGAGGCGCGAGGAAGGGGAGGCCGGGGAGGAGGGGGAGGCGUGGCGGCGGCGGCGGCGGCUGCGGCAGCAUCUCGCGUGGGAGAUGGCGGCGACGCGCAGGAGACGACGGAGAUCAUCACCUUCGCGGAGGCUGGUGAGUCUCAGGGCACGGUGAAGUUCGUCCUCCCUAAAGAAGGAAGCGAUCUGUCUCUGGUGGAGCAGGCUAACGUCUGGGUCUUCCUCCGUCUGUCAAAGACCAACCGCAGCCGAGCCAAAGUCACCAUCCACCUCUUCCAACAGCGCCGCCUCCCCAACGGACGCCUGUCUUUGCCCCAGGAUGACGUCCUCCUGGUGGAGAAGACCGUGGACACCCGUCGUAGCGGCUGGCACACCUUCCCAGUGUCCGUGGCAGUGCAGGCGCUGCUGGAGGGCACCGAGAGCAUGACGCUGAACCUCCGACUGUCCUGCCCGCUCUGCGCCGAUGCCGGUGCCACGCUCGUCCUGGUCUCAGGCAACUCGGAGUCAUCGCAGCGUAACAACCAGCGGGAGCAGUCCCACCGGCCCUUCCUCAUGGCCGUGGUCCGGCAGGGCGACGGCGGAGACUUGCGGCGGCGCAGGAAGCGCGGGCUGGAGUGCGACGGGAAGGUGCGCGUCUGCUGCAAGCGGCAGUUCUACGUCAACUUCAAAGACAUUGGCUGGAACGACUGGAUAAUCGCGCCGCCCGGUUACCACGCCAACUACUGCGAGGGCGAGUGCCCCUCCCACGUGGCGAGCAUCACCGGGUCCACGUUGUCCUUCCACUCCACCGUCAUCAGCCACUAUCGCAUGAGGGGCUACAGCCCCUUCCAGAACCUGAGGUCGUGCUGCGUUCCCACCCGACUACGAGCCAUGUCCAUGCUCUACUACAACGAGGAGCAGAAGAUCAUCAAGAAGGACAUCCAGAACAUGAUCGUGGAGGAGUGCGGCUGCUCGUAAACGGAACCCAGAACCGAACAAACUGGACUGGACAGGAGAGGAUGAGGAGGAGCAGGAGGAGGUGGAGGAGGAGGAGGUGGAGGAGGAGGAGGACCUUUGAACUUUGAAGAGAAAGAGAGAGCAGAUGGAGGGAGGAGGGGAAGACGAGGUGGUGACAUUAUGAUCAUCACGUCACUUCUUUCCCUCGUAUCUCAUCCUUCGCCUCCCUCCGUCACUCUGUCACUCUGGGUCGUUCUCUGGGAUAAAAACUCUUCUCCGAAUUCAUCUGGCAGAACUCAGAGAGAGUCUCGAAGGCACUUUCAGAAAAAAGGACAAAAAAAAGAUAGAAAAAAAAGAAUAUCUAAUAUAUUUUUGUUACAAACGGAGGGAGUGAGGCUUAUUUAUGUGGCUGAGACGUUCAAGCACCACUUGACCUGUCAGACGUUGGAGAGAUGAGGUGCCUGAAAAAAAUCUCAAAACUAUGCAACUUGUUUCACGUAUUACAAUCUUAUUGUAUUUUACUGGUUUGUGUUUCCAACUGUUUACUUUUUCAAAAUGUUCGAGGAAGUGAAAAGAAGACUUUUUUAUUCUUUUAUUGAAGUUCGUACAUUCGUGGUGUGUGUGUAUCAGUGUGUGUUUGUGUGUGUGUGUGUGUGUGUGUGUGUGUGUGCGUGUGUGUGUGUGUUGCGUGUGUGUCGUGUGUGUGUUGUGUGUUGAGAGAUACUUGAAAGAAACAAGUUGGCCCGGCUGCUGGAACCAAACACUUCUUUACUUUGGAACGGUUACCAUGAUGAUAUUCUAAUUAUUGUCAGUAUAUUAAUAUUAUUGUUAUUGUUGUUAAUAAUAUUUAGUGUUGUUUUUUUUAAGAAGAAACGUUACAAACGUUUUUAAUUUUUUUGCACUAUAGCGACACUCAUGUUCAGAUUAGCCACAGACUGAAGAGGGGCGGAGCCACAGGUCACAGAGAGUCACAUGUUUGAUUCCCGCUCUCAGAAAAAUCUGUCACUGUGUCACCUGUAGGUUUUUGUAGCGUUUAACGCUCACUGCCAGACAAUUAAAAGAAAAGAACAUACAGCCAAAAGUAUGUAGGCACCACAGCUUACUGUGAUUAGCUGAGAAUAUUUUGAUGAUUUACGUCUGAUGCCAGCGUGCUGCUUCAAAUUAAAACGACCACGAAUGAACCAAUUCUGUUUGGUUUUGUCGUCUGUGAUCCAGUAAAUGAACUUAAAACUCAACUAAAUCCGUCAAAAACACUUUGGCUCAAAUGAAGACGUCAAACAUGAUCUUAAUAUCAGUACUGAAGAGAAUGAGGACAAUAAAAAAAAAGCACUUGUUAAUUUUGGAUUGUGCGAAGGCUAAAAUAAAAUGUAACGCAGCAGCUAGCGUGUCCAUAUUCACUCUCAGCUCUUCAUGAACUAAAACUUAGACAGACGUUAUAUCAGAAUUGACUUAGAUGACCAGCUGUGAUGCACUUUAGAUAAGUUAAAGUUGUUUUUAUCACUGAUGUUGUUCGUCACUGAUCAUUGUAAAACUACGUUUGGGUUCGGUGUGAUUAGCGUCCGUCGCUCUGUCCACUUUUAGUUGCUUUAGGACACCAAAGAUUCGAGUUUGUGCGUUUGUCUGUUGAAGUAGAAGAAAAGUCGAUUCCAGAGAGAUGGACGUUUAGUUUGGUUUCAGGUUCAUCUUUUUAUUUUAACCUCUUCACUUCGACUCUGUCUCCCCAGAAAGAGAGAAAGAGGUCGUCCACACGUCCACAGUCGCUUCGUUUUGGUAGAAAAACAAACGUCGUCCGACCAGAUUUGUGUGUCGUACGUUGUUUUUUUUGUUUUUUUUAUCAGAGUCGUCGAUUUGUUCACCAAAAGUUUUGCAGUGUUGGUCGCCUUUUGAUGAAGUCACACGUUUUUCUUUUUCUCUUCUUUUUCUUUCUCCUGGUCUGAACUUCCUGCUGACACAGAGUCAGCGGAAAACUAAAAGUGGAAAAAUGGAAUAAAAGAAAAAGUGGUUAUUUGUUCAGACUAAAAAAAAAAAACUAAAUAGUAACACUGAGCAAAGUGGACAAAGAAUAAAAAGUCUAUUUUUUAUUCUGUAUAUAUGGAAAUCAUGAUUCCAGUCUGUUGCAUUGCUUUGUUGUACAAAUCAAACGUGCUUGUGGCAUUUUUCUAAUCUAAUUUAUUUUACGUAUUUUUUUGUUUUCUGCAUCACCAUUAAAGUUUAAACGAUGAACACAAAGGAAAAA